CUUUAACAAGGCUGAGUGGAGAGCGAUAAAGGAGCAAGUUACUGCCAACAAGAUAGUGCCGAUGCUGCAGAGGCGGCGAUAACCAGAAAUCACCAAGCUCGGGAGGAGCUGGGCGCACAGCCAGAGAGACCACGGCAGGGGGCACCGGGAGAGGCGGUUCGGCGAAUUACCGGGAGGCGAUGAGCCAGACUGGAUCAUGACCCAUGAAGAGCAUCAUGCAGCCAGAACCCUGGGGGUCGGCAAAGCCAUCGCCGUGUUAACCUCUGGUGGAGAUGCCCAAGGAAUGAAUGCUGCUGUCAGGGCUGUGGUCCGAGUUGGUAUCUUUACUGGUGCCCGUGUCUUCUUUGUCCAUGAGGGUUAUCAAGGCCUGGUGGAUGGUGGCGAGAACAUCAGGGAAGCCACCUGGGAGAGCGUUUCGAUGAUGCUUCAGCUGGGAGGCACAGUGAUUGGCAGUGCCCGGUGCAAGGACUUUCGGGAACGAGAGGGACGACUCCGAGCUGCCCACAACCUGGUGAAGCGUGGGAUCACCAAUCUGUGUGUCAUUGGGGGUGAUGGCAGCCUCACUGGAGCUGACACCUUCCGUUCUGAGUGGAGUGGCUUGUUGAGUGACCUCCAGAAAGAGGGUAAGAUCACAGCUGAGGAAGCAAAGAAGUCUAGCUACCUGAACAUCGUGGGUCUGGUUGGAUCAAUUGACAAUGACUUUUGCGGCACCGAUAUGACCAUUGGCACUGACUCUGCCCUGCACCGGAUCAUCGAGAUUGUAGAUGCCAUCACUACUACUGCUCAGAGCCACCAGAGAACGUUUGUGCUAGAGGUGAUGGGCCGGCACUGUGGAUACCUCGCCCUUGUCACCUCUCUCUCCUGUGGCGCCGACUGGGUUUUUAUUCCUGAAUGUCCACCAGAUGAUGACUGGGAGGAGCACCUUUGUCGCCGGCUCAGCGAGACAAGGACCCGUGGUUCUCGUCUGAACAUCAUCAUUGUGGCUGAGGGCGCGAUUGACAAGCAUGGGAAACCAAUCACCUCAGAAGACGUCAAGAACCUGGUGGUAAAGCGUCUGGGAUACGACACCCGGGUCACUGUCUUGGGGCAUGUGCAGCGGGGUGGGACACCGUCAGCCUUUGACCGCAUCCUGGGCAGCAGGAUGGGUGUGGAAGCAGUGAUGGCACUACUGGAGGGGACCCCAGACACCCCAGCCUGUGUGGUGAGCCUCUCCGGUAACCAGGCUGUGCGCCUGCCUCUCAUGGAGUGUGUCCAGGUGACCAAAGACGUGACCAAGGCCAUGAGCGAGAAGAAGUUUGAUGAAGCCCUGAAGCUGAGAGGCCGGAGCUUCAUGAACAACUGGGAGGUGUACAAGCUUCUGGCUCAUGUCAGACCCCCAGUGUCUAAGACGGGCUUGCACACAGUGGCCGUGAUGAAUGUGGGGGCCCCAGCAGCAGGCAUGAAUGCUGCCGUCCGCUCCACCGUGAGAAUUGGCCUCAUCCAGGGCAACCGAGUUCUGGUUGUGCAUGACGGCUUCGAGGGCCUGGCCAAGGGUCAGAUUGAGGAAGCUGGCUGGAGCUAUGUUGGAGGCUGGACUGGCCAGGGUGGGUCUAAACUUGGGACUAAAAGGACUCUGCCCAAGAAGAGCUUAGAACAGAUCAGUGCCAACAUCACUAAGUUUAACAUUCAGGGCCUUGUCAUCAUUGGGGGCUUUGAGGCUUACACAGGGGGCCUGGAACUGAUGGAGGGCAGGAAGCAGUAUGACGAGCUCUGCAUCCCGUUUGUGAUCAUUCCUGCUACCGUCUCCAACAAUGUCCCUGGCUCAGACUUCAGUGUGGGGGCUGACACAGCGCUCAACACAAUUUGCACGACCUGUGACCGCAUCAAGCAGUCAGCAGCAGGCACCAAGCGUCGGGUGUUUAUCAUUGAAACUAUGGGUGGCUACUGCGGCUACCUGGCCACCAUGGCAGGCCUGGCGGCUGGGGCCGAUGCCGCCUACAUUUUUGAGGAGCCCUUCACCAUUCGAGACCUGCAGGCGAAUGUUGAACAUCUGGUGCAAAAGAUGAAAACAACUGUGAAAAGGGGCUUGGUGUUAAGGAAUGAGAAGUGCAAUGAGAAUUAUACUACUGACUUCAUUUUCAACCUGUACUCUGAGGAGGGGAAGGGCAUCUUCGACAGCAGGAAGAAUGUGCUUGGCCACAUGCAGCAGGGUGGGAGCCCAACUCCAUUUGACAGGAAUUUUGCCACUAAGAUGGGUGCCAAGGCCAUGAACUGGAUGACUGGGAAAAUCAAAGAGAGUUACCGUAAUGGACGGAUUUUUGCCAAUACUCCAGACUCGGGCUGCGUUCUAGGGAUGCGUAAGAGGGCCCUGGUCUUUCAACCAGUGGCUGAGCUGAAGGACCAGACCGAUUUUGAGCACCGCAUCCCCAAGGAACAGUGGUGGCUGAAGCUGAGGCCCAUCCUCAAAAUCCUAGCCAAAUAUGAGAUUGACCUGGAUACCUCAGAGCAUGCGCACCUGGAGCACAUCAAUCGGAAGCGGUCUGGAGAAGCUCCUGUCUAAACAUCUUUGGAGGGAGGGGGAUGGAUUGUCUGAUCAUGGUCAGCUCACCCCCUGAUAGAUCCAAGUCCACAUAUUCUCAAGUGUUUUAGCUCAUUUUUCAUUAGGUUUCCUUUUAUUCUCUAACUGCAGCCAAGAUCAGCUCUGGCUAGGGGGCAAUGAGUGAAAGCUCCUUUUAGGUAGAAUUUAUCAAGACUUCUACCCCAGCUUCAUCCAUCACACAGGCUGGGCUCCUCUACUGCUAGAUUUCAGUUACUCGGUUAGAAUUUUCCUAAAAAUAAGCUUUAUUUAUUUCUUUGUGAUAACAAAGUCUUGGUUCCUCUACUGUGUUUGCUGCAAUGACAGACAAUAACUACACUAAUAAAUGCCAACUGGUCACUGUG